AUGGAAGCUAUCCGUCUUCAUCCUGCUUCGCCAAAUUCCACACCCUAUUCACCGGCUAACCCGGCUGCUUCCGCCGCCCUUCGGCUGGACUGUGAUGUCCCCAUUCCAGAACCCUCUGCGCCCGGAGAGCUUCUCGUCCGCGUCAGAGCAACAACCGUCAUUCGGGACAUGCUCACUUGGCCGGAAGCCUACUCACAUGAGUAUGCCAUCUUGGGCAACGAUGUGGCCGGCAUUGUGGUGAAGGUGUUCUCGUCCGCAAGCCAGUUCAAGCCCGGCGACGAAGUUUUUGGCAUGACCAAUGCCACCCGGGCAGCUACCUGGGCCGAAUACACCAUCGUCAAGGAGGAUGAGGUAGCCCGGAAGCCCUCUACGCUGACAUUCGCCCAGGCAGCGGCAAUCCCCCUCAGCGCACAAACUGCCUACGAGGCCCUCUUUGAGCACGCGCAGAUUCCCCGACCGACAAUGGAAGAUUUACUGUCCCAAACUGCUACGAAAGAAGGGUACUCUGUGCUGAUUACUGGUGCCGCCGGUGCAGUGGGCGUGUAUCUUGUGCAGUUAGCCGCAGCCGCAGGGGUAAAAGUUGUCGCCGCUAGCAGCUCCAAUGCUCGCAACCGCGAGUUUCUCCAAGCCCUCGGGGCCGACGAAGUCGUGGAGUAUAGCAUGCUGGACGAUUGUCGCGGAAAGUUCGACGUCAUCAUCGAUACCGUGGGCGGGGAAGUCUUGGAAAAAUGCUGGGAGUACGUCGCCGGUACAGGAGUGCUGAUCUCAGUGGAUUCGGCGAGCUUCAACUUCGUAGAGGAGCAUGAGAAGCGUGGACUUCGGAAGGACAGUGUACACGCGCUAUUCUUCAUUGUCCGGGGCAGUCCGGAUGCGUUGCAUUUUCUUGCAGAGGUGGCAAGUCAUGGAGUCGUCCGGCCUCUCGUGGCAGACAUCUAUCCACUUGUCCAAGCACCGGAAGCGUAUGAUGUAGCGAAUGGGAGGGCAUACGGGCGUGGGAAGAUAGUCCUUGCCGUUUAA